GUGUCUGAGGUAUGAGGUAGUGUCUGAGUGAAGAAUAGGAUGGUAGGGUGUGUGGUGUGAGGUAGUGUCUGAGGUAGUGUCUGAGGUAUGAAUUAGUGUCUGAGGUAUGAGUUAGUGUCUGAGGUAUGAGGUAGUGUCUGAGUGAGGAAUAGGAUGGUAGGGUGUGAGGUAGGAUGUAGAGUCUGAGGUAUGAGGUAGUGUCUGAGGUAUGAGUUAGUGUCUGAGGUAUGAGGUAGUGUCUGAGGUUUGAGGUAGUGUCUGAGGUAUGAGGUAGUGUCUGAGUGAGGAAUAGGAUGGUAGGGUGUGUGGUGCUGGGGCAUAUGGAGGGUGUUCAUCUGUCUCCUUCUGACUGGUGAUUUGUCAUCCCUUCCCCCCUCACUCUCCCCCCUCUCCAACACCCUCCAUCCCCCUCCCUCCAUCCUCUCCAUCCCUCCACCCCCUCCCUCCCUCCCCCUCCAUCCCCUUUCAUCUACCCCACAGCUCGCCAUGAGAGGUCCCUCAGGUCCAAUGGGUCUCACAGGGAGAUCUGGUCCAGUGGGUGUUCCUGGUUCUUCUGGACUUAAAGGUGAUGCCGGAGACCCUGGUCCUCAGGGCUCCAGGGGAGUCCAAGGGUCUGCGGGACAAAUAGGCAAACCUGGUAAGAGGGGUCGUGGUGGAGCCGUUGGCGCCCGAGGAAUGCCUGGAGAGUCGGGGUCUAAGGGAGAGGGAGGCUUCGAUGGCCUGCCCGGCCUACCUGGUGACAAGGGACACAGGGGGGAGACCGGAUCAAUUGGACCUCCUGGAGCCCCUGGAGAGGACGGACAAAGAGGCGAGGAUGGAGAGAUCGGGCCAAGGGGAUUGGCUGGAGAGGGUCCUAGAGGUGUGCUUGGGCCAAACGGUCCACCUGGGCCCACUGGACAGCCUGGUGUAGCUGGAGUGGACGGUCCUCACGGGCCCAAAGGAAACAUGGGACCUCAAGGAGAGCCGGGACCACCAGGUCAACAGGGGAUCCCAGGAACACAAGGACUUCCUGGUCCUCAAGGUCCCAUCGUACCACCCGGUGAAAGAGGGCCUCACGGCAGGUCGGGGUUGGCCGGUUUACCUGGAUCAGAUGGGCCUCCUGGCCAUCCUGGUAAAGAAGGUCCAACUGGUGAGAAGGGAGCUUUAGGCCAGGCAGGUCCCCAAGGUCCUAUUGGUUAUCCCGGUCAUCGUGGUGUCAAGGGUGCCGAUGGCGUUCGUGGACUGAAGGGUGGAAAGGGAGAGAAGGGUGAGGACGGUUUCCCUGGUUUCAAGGGAGACAUGGGUCUCAAAGGUGACAGGGGUGAGCUUGCUAUGCUUGGGCCCCGUGGUGAGGAAGGACCUGAGGGUCCCAAGGGAAGAGCAGGCCCCAACGGAGAGUCUGGCUCCAUGGGGGGUGCUGGAGAGAAGGGAAAACUGGGUGUUCCAGGGUUACCCGGCUACCCAGGAAGACAAGGACCAAAGGGUUCCUGUGGCUUCCCAGGCUUCCCAGGGGCCAACGGAGAGAAAGGAGCCAGGGGCGUGGCGGGCAAAAACGGUCCAAGGGGACAAAGAGGUCCAACGGGUCCACGAGGUGGUCGGGGUGCUAGAGGUUCAACAGGCAAGCCAGGCCCUAAGGGCACCGCGGGCAACGAUGGGCCACCUGGCCCGCCUGGCGAGAGAGGACCUCAAGGACCCCAGGGCCCCGUCGGUGUCUCAGGACCAAAGGGCCCCCCUGGACAACCUGGAAAGGACGGGCUGCCUGGCCACCCUGGUCAGAGAGGAUCGACGGGAUUCCAAGGAAAGACAGGUCCACCCGACCCAGGAGGAGUUGUUGGUCCUCAGGGCCCCACAGGCGAGACUGGUCCAAUCGGUGAGAGAGGCCACCCUGGAUCCCCAGGACCACCUGGAGAGCAGGGUCUUCCUGGCUCUGCUGGCAAAGAGGGAGCCAAGGGAGACCCCGGGCCCCAGGGAGCCUCCGGUAAGGACGGUCCGGCUGGUCUACGAGGAUUCCCAGGAGAGAGAGGUCUGCCCGGCGUGUCGGGUCCAGCUGGUUUGAAGGGAGGAGAAGGACCUCAGGGUCCAUCAGGCCCCAUGGGAUCCCCUGGUGAGAGAGGUGGUGCUGGACCUGCUGGCCCAAUCGGUCUCUCUGGUAGAACUGGCUCUCAGGGUCCCCCAGGGCCUGCUGGAGAGAAGGGAGGGCCUGGUGAGAAAGGUCCCCAGGGACCAUCUGGUCGUGACGGAGUCCAAGGCCCAGUGGGUCUGCGGCCUCAGGGUCCACCCGGAGAGGACGGUGACAAGGGAGAGGUUGGAGAGCCAGGUCAGAAGGGAAGCAAAGCAGACAAGGGGGAACAGGGUCCUCCCGGUCCAGCUGGUCUCCAGGGUCUCAUCGGUGCUCCUGGACCUGCAGGAGGUGAUGGAGAGCCCGGUCCCAGGGGUCAGCAGGGGAUGUUCGGACAGAAGGGAGACGAAGGAUCCAGAGGUUUCCCUGGGCCCCCUGGUCCCAUCGGUCUGCAGGGUCUUCCUGGACCUCCAGGCGAGAAGGGGGAGAAUGGCGACGUCGGUCUGAUGGGUCCUCCCGGUCCCCCUGGUCCCAGAGGUGCCCAGGGUCCUAGUGGAGCUUAUGGUGCACAAGGUCCUCCCGGUGGUGUGGGUGCUAUGGGAGGCGUGGGUGAGCAGGGUGAAAACGGUGAAACUGGCAACCCCGGAACCCCUGGAGAGUCCGGAACUGGAGGACCUGAAGGCGAGAGAGGAGACAAAGGAGAGUCAGGACCACCUGGAGCUUCCGGACCCGCAGGCGCCAAAGGACCCCCUGGAGAUGAUGGACCCAAGGGAAAUCCUGGUCCGGUUGGUUUCCCUGGAGAUCCUGGUCCACCUGGUGAAGCUGGUGUUGCUGGAACUGCCGGCUCUGCAGGAGAGAAAGGGGAGGAUGGUGAAUCUGGUCAACCUGGUCCCCCUGGUCCAUCUGGUGAAUCUGGUCCGCCUGGUCCCCCCGGCAAAAGAGGCCCCCCAGGAUCUGCCGGUACAGAGGGUAGACAAGGAGAGAAGGGCACCAAGGGUGAGUCUGGAGCCGAGGGACCCCCAGGUAAAGCUGGCCCAGUCGGCCCCCAGGGGCCCUCGGGAAAGAUCGGUCCAGAAGGUCUGCGUGGAAUCCCCGGCCCCGUUGGUGAACAAGGACUUCCUGGUUCUUCUGGACAAGACGUCCCACCUGGACCUGUGGGACCCCCUGGUCUCCCAGGUCUGAAGGGUGACCCCGGCACCAAGGGUGAAAAGGGUCAUCCAGGUCUGAUCGGUCUGAUUGGACCCCCUGGCGAGCAGGGAGAGAAGGGAGACAGAGGCCUGCCUGGACCCCAGGGUUCUCACGGAGGCAAGGGCGACGGUGGCCCUGGAGGUCCUAAAGGAGCUAAGGGUUCAUCGGGAUGCCAUUGGAGUGUAUAUGGUAUAUUUGCAGGCGGGUACUGGAUAGAUCCUAACCAGGGAUGUUCAGGGGACUCGUUCUCUGUCCACUGUAACUUCACAGCUGGAGGAGAGACCUGCAUCUUCCCAGAUAAGAAGUUCAGUGGAGUCAGAAUAUCUUCAUGGCCCAAAGAACUUCCAGGGUCGUGGUUCAGUGAAUUUGAGCAUGGUGCAAUAUUUUCAUACGUUGACGCAGCCGGUAACACAGUAAGUGAUGUUCAGAUGACCUUCCUGAAACUACUGACUGCCUCUGCCAGGCAGAGCUUCACCUACAGCUGCCACCAGUCUGUGGUGUGGCACGACGAGACCACCGACAGCUACGACAAGGCGCUGCGAUUCCUGGGAUCCAACGAUGAGGAGAUGUCCUACGACAGUAACCCUUAUGUCAGGGCCCUCGUAGACGGAUGCGCGUCGAGGAAGGGCUACGGCAAGACUGUGAUGGAGAUUAAUACUCCCAAGAUCGAUCAGGUUCCCAUCAUUGAUGUCAUGUUGAAUGACUUUGGAGAUGCCAGCCAGAAGUUUGGAUUUGAAGUGGGUCCAGUCUGCUUCCUUGGCUAACUGCUUCCCUGGCUAACUGCUUCUCUGGCUAACUGCUUCCCUGGCUAACUGCUUCCCUGGCUAACUGCUUCCCUGGCUCACAUUUAAAAAAACACUUGGCGGGGUCAGCAAAAAGGUCAAGACAUUUUGGAUAUAAACAACCAGCCCCCCAACCCAGACCAGCAACCCAGCCCAGCAACCAAACCCCCCAACCCAGCCCCCUAAACCAGACCAGCAACCCAGCCCAGCAACCAAACCCCCAACCCAGACCAGCAACCAAACCCCCCAACCCAGACCAGCAACCAAACCCCCCAACCCAGCCCCCCAACCCAACCCAGACCAGCAACCCAGCCCCCCAACCCAGAUCAGCAACCAAACCCCCCAACCCAGCCCCACCACCCAGACCAGCAACCAAGCCCAGCAACCAACCCCCCAACCCAGACCAGCAACCCAGCCCAGCAACCAAACCCCCCAACCCAGCCCCCCAACCCAGACCAGCAACCAAACCCCCUAACCCAGCCCCCCAACCCAGACCAGCAACCAAACCCCCCAACCCAGAACAGCAACCAAACUUACCUGUUUCCAUACCACCUAACCCCAGUACCCAGCCCCCUCACCUGUUUCCAUACCACCUAGCCUGGGUACCCAACCCCCUCACCUGUUUCCAUACCACCUAACCCCAGUACCCCGCCCCCUAACCUGUUUCCAUAGAAUAAGAGUGAAG